UAAUACAGUAAAGUGAAACUGUCCUGGCCAGGUACUGUAGGUUAUAUAAAGUAAUCGCCUCAGGUGAUUAUCACUGAAGUGAAAGAAGAUAGUCAUACAGAAACACUACUAGACAAGCACACAAUCAGAAUUGGAUAAAGACGAGCGCAGUUGCGUCCCCAAAGUAUCUGUCUUCACUUGUAGCCUGUGAGAAAGACCUGAUCACGUGAAGGGCAGAGAGAGCCAUCUAUGUCGCCAAACAACAAGUGGAUAGGGAGGGGCCUGCAUGCCAGCCUGUUGUACCUGGUUUUAUUUGUGUGCCUGGUGCGCACAGCUACUCUGGACGAAGAAGAUAUUGAGAUUGAUGAUGAGGAGGAGGAAGACCUGGAGUAUGAAUACAGUAUAAAACAAGACAGACACACCUGUGGAAGCGGCCAAACUGGUCAGUAUCCAUUCUGUAAGGACAAGGACCAGGUCAUUCACCACUAUGUCCACACAAUCGAUGAGUGUGGAGAGACAGACUUCAAGAAAGUGCGUGGGGAAAUGCAGCUGAUGAUCCAGGACCGACGAAAGAAGAUGAAGGAGAUCGUACACUCUGUAAAACUCACCGAGAAAAAUGUGGAGAGGGAGAAAGAGGACACUUUGCUGUUCCUGACUGAAGUGACACGGCUCAUUCAGAAGACCUAUGUAGAUGUCAUUGAGGAGAUCGAAAAGAAGCAGAAAGCAGCAACAACCAUGGCUAUAGAGCACAUUCUAGAGCUAACACAGGAAAUCUCUAAACUACAGGAGAGAAGCUCUGAACUGGAGCAGCUCUCACACAUUGAGGACCACCUUCACCUUCUCCAGAUGUUCCCGUCCCUGUGUACCCCACCGGCCACCAUUGACUGGUCUGAGGUCAGCAUUCACAGUGAUCCAAGUGUGGGGUCUAUGAGGAGAGCUGUGAACAAGCUGAGAGAAGCACUCAAUAGUGAAGAGAGCAGGCUGUCUGCAGCUGAGUUGGGAAGGAUUAAGAAGUGUGCAGUGAAUGUGACUCUGGACCCUGACACAGCACAUCCGUACCUCAUUGUCUCUGAAGACGGGAAACAAGUGAGAAUUGGAGAUCUCCGGCAAAAUGUCACAGAUGGCCCUGAAAGGUUUAAUUCAGUUGUUAAUGUCCUAGCAAAGGAGAGCUUCUCCUCAGGAAGAUUCUACUAUGAGGUGCAGGUGAAAGGUAAGACUAUGUUGGAUUUAGGAGUGGCCAUAGAGUCCAUCAACAGGAAGAGUGGGGUCACCCUGAGCCCUGGCCAUGGAUACCUGGCUAUAUGUCUGAGGGAUGGGGAUAGGUAUGUAGCUGCUGAAAGCCCUGCUAUCCUCAUCGCUCUUAGCCAGAAGCCCCAGAAGAUAGGGGUUUAUGUUGAUUAUGAACAAGGCCAGGUCUCCUUCUAUGAUGUGGAUAACAGGUCUCAUAUCUACUCCUUCACUGAUUAUUAUUUCAAUAAGAAACUCUAUCCCUUCUUUAGCACUGGCACCGACGACGACAGUGAAAACUCAGCCCCGUUAGUCAUUACCCCAGUCAAUCAACAACUGACUAUUAAUUUCUUCACUUUUGAAAAAGCCUGAAAAUGGAUAAAAUACAACUUACAAUGUGUAUAUACACUGAGUAUACAAAAUAUUAGCAACACCUUCCUAAUAUUGAGUUGCACCCAACACUUUUGCCCUCAGAACAGCCUAAAUUCAUCAAGGCAUAGACUCUACAAAGUGUCGAAAGCGUUCAACAGGGAUGAUGGCCCAUGACUCCAAUGAUUCCCACAGUUGUGUCAAGUUGGCUGGAUGUCAUUUGGGUAGUGGACCAUUCUUGAUACACACGGGAAACUGUUGAGCGUGAAAAACUCAGCAGCGCUGCAGUUCUUGACACACUCGUGCCUGGCACUUACCACCAUACUCUGUUCAAAGGCACUUCAAUCUUUUGUCUUGCCCAUUCACCCUCUGAAUGGCACACAUACACAAUCCAUGUCUCCAUUGUCUCAAGGCUUAAAAAUCUUUCUUUAACCUGUCUCCUCCCCUUCAUCUACACUGAUUGAAGUGGAUUUAACAAGUGAUGUCAAUAAGGUAUCAUAGCUUUCACCUGGUCAGUCUAUGUCAUGGAAAGAGCAGGUGUUCCUAAUGUUUUAUACAAUCAGUGUAUUGAGGCUGUCAGAGUUAGUUUACAUUUUGUUAUUAAUUGCAUUGUCAUAUCAUAUCAAUACAUAUCAUAUACACCUAAAAAAGUUGUGAUGUCAAAACAAGGUUAAAGAAAGUGUGCUUUAUCAAUUUACCUGAUUUUGUUAACUGUUACUUUGGACAAAAUCAAGACUUCAAUAUUCUUGUAAUGCUUUUUGUAUAAAAUAAUCUUAAAUUACAGCUCGCUCAAUUUGAGCUAAUCCUGAAUAUGCAAAUAAUUGUGAUUUAUCACAGCAAGUCCUGCGAUUAAUUAUACUUAAAAAUGGUAUUGUUUCACAGCCCUAGUAUCUGUAGAAUAUCAUUAUAUAUCAAUGUUUAGGGAAGCACAUUGGGAAAGCACUGUGUUACAUCAAAUCAAAUCAUACAAUUGUUUUCCAUAUACUUUUUUGUUGCAAGUUGUUUCAAAUGUCAUAUUUCAAAAUGUCUCUUCAGUUUUCCCCUUCUUGAAGAAAUUAAAGGUUAUAAAUUACAUUAA